AUGGAUUGUUCAGUCAUUCCUCUAUCGUUCAUUACACAAAAAGGUGUUUUCUGUGAUAUGGAUUGUUCAGUCAUUCCUCUAUCGUUCAUUACACAAAGGUGUUUUCUGUGGUACGGAUUGUUCAGUCAUUCCUCUGAUGUUCUUUAUACAAAGGUGUUUUCUGUGGUAUGGAUUGUUCAGUCAUUCCUCUAUCGUUCAUUACACAAAGGUCUUUUUCUGUGGUACGGAUUGUUCAGUCAUUCCUCUGACGUUCAUUUUACAAAGGUGUUUUCUGUGGUAUGGAUUGUUCAGUCAUUCCUCUAUCGUUCAUUACACAAAUUGUUCAGUCAUUCCUCUGACGUCUUUUCUGUGUGGUACGGAUUGUUCAGUCAUUCCUCUAUCGUUCAUUACACAAAGGUGUUUUCUGUGGUACGGAUUGUUCAGUCAUUCCUCUAUCGUUCAUUACACAAAGGUCUUUUCUGUGGUACGGAUUGUUCAGUCAUUCCUCUAUCGUUCAUUACACAAAGGUCUUUUCUGUGGUACGGAUUGUUCAGUCAUUCCUCUGACGUUCAUUACACAAAGGUCUUUUCUGUGGUACGGAUUGUUCAGUCAUUCCUCUAUCGUUCAUUACACAAAGAUGUUUUCUGUGGUACGGAUUGUCCAGUCAUUCCUCUGACGUUCAUUACACAAAGGUGUUUUCUGUGGUACGGAUUGUUCAGUCAUUCCUCUGACGUUCAUUACACAAAGGUGUUUUCUGUGGUAUGGAUUGUUCAGUCAUUCCUCUAUCGUUCAUUACACAAAGGUGUUUUCUGUGGUACGGAUUGUUCAGUCAUUCCUCUGACGUUCAUUACACAAAGGUAUUUUCUGUGGUAUGGAUUGUUCAGUCAUUCCUCUAUCGUUCAUUACACAAAGGUGUUUUCUGUGGUACGGAUUGUUCAGUCAUUCCUCUAUCGUUCAUUACACAAAGGUCUUUUCUGUGGUACGGAUUGUUCAGUCAUUCCUCUAUCGUUGAUUACACAAAGGUCUUUUCUGUGGUACGGAUUGUUCAGUCAUUACUCUGACGUUCAUUACACAAAGGUGUUUUCUGUGGUAUGGAUUGUUCAGUCAUUCCUCUAUCGUUCAUUACACAAAGGUGUUUUCUGUGAUAUGGAUUGUUCAGUCAUUCCUCUAUCGUUCAUUACACAAAGGUGUUUUCUGUGGUACGGAUUGUUCAGUCAUUCCUCUGAUGUUCUUUAUACAAAGGUGUUUUCUGUGGUAUGGAUUGUUCAGUCAUUCCUCUAUCGUUCAUUACACAAAGGUCUUUUCUGUGGUACGGAUUGUUCAGUCAUUCCUCUGACGUUCAUUUUACAAAGGUGUUUUCUGUGGUAUGGAUUGUUCAGUCAUUCCUCUAUCGUUCAUUACACAAAGGUCUUUUCUGUGGUACGGAUUGUUCAGUCAUUCCUCUAUCGUUCAUUACACAAAGGUCUUUUCUGUGGUACGGAUUGUUCAGUCAUUCCUCUGACGUUCAUUACACAAAGGUGUUUUCAGUGGUACGGAUUGUUCAGUCAUUCCUCUAUCGUUCAUUACACAAAGGUCUUUUCUGUGGUACGGAUUGUUCAGUCAUUCCUCUAUCGUUCAUUACACAAGGUCUUUUUCUGUGGUACGGAUUGUUCAGUCAUUCCUCUAUCGUUCAUUACACAAGGUCUUUUCUGUGGUACGGAUUGUUCAGUCAUUCCUCUGACGUUCAUUCAGGUCUUUUCUGUGGUACGGAUUGUUCAGUCAUUCCUCUAUCGUUCAUUACAAAGGUCUUUUCUGUGGUACGGAUUGUUCAGUCAUUCCUCUGACGUUCAUUACACAAAGGUGUUUUCAGUGGUACGGAUUGUUCAGUCAUUCCUCUAUCGUACAUUACACAAAAGGUUCGCAGCCAUUAUCUAUCUAUCUAUCUAUCUAUCUAUCUAUCUAGUGGCUCGGAUUGAGAAAUCGGAUAGCCGUACUAGGCAGGGAUUUGAACUCGACUCACUGAUUUCUCUUUCGGCAUCGAUAUCCGUUACACUCACUCACUCACUCAUUCACUCACUCAAUCACUAUCUAUCUAUCUAUCUAUCUAUCUAUCUAUCUAUCUAUCUAUCUCAUUCUGCUUAUAUCUCUACAUCUGAUUCUGUUCGUAUCUAUCUAUCUAUCUAUCUAUCUAUCUAUCUAUCUGCUUAUGUCCACGUAGUCUGUUCAUGUAUAUCUAUUUAUCUGUCAUGA